GAAGAAACACUCACUCACGCGCGCGCGCACACACUCUCUCUCUCUCUCUCUCUCCCUGCUUGUUUGUUUAUUUGUUUUUCUCUGUUAGUUGCUGAAUCGCUUUACGGUCAUUGGGAAAAUGGGAAUUGUCAGACAAUGACAACGGUUUUCCUUGGAUAUUGAGGAAUCUCUUCUGGGUUCUCUCUUGAUUUCAUUUCUCGUUUUGUGAUCCUUCUCUUUCUCUGGCUGGCUGGCUACCUAGCUAGCUAUGGAAGCAGCUGGGGAAGCUUGUUGUGUUAAAGUAGCGGUUCACGUCCGACCGCUCAUCGCCGAUGAGCGUCUCCAAGGCUGUAAAGACUGUGUCACUGUCGUGCCCGGGAAGCCUCAGGUACAGAUUGGCGCACAUUCCUUUACCUUUGAUCGUGUCUAUGGGAGCACUGCUUCUCCCUCAUCUGAAAUGUUUGAAGAAUGUAUUGCUCCACUUGUUGAUGGCUUGUUCCAAGGAUACAAUGCUACAGUUCUCGCUUAUGGUCAGACGGGUUCCGGUAAAACAUAUACCAUGGGCACUGGCUUCAAAGAUGGUUGCCCAACAGGAAUAAUCCCUCAAGUUAUGGAUGCUCUGUUCAGCAAGAUUGAAACUCUAAAGCAUCAAACCGAAUUCCAAUUGCAUGUUUCCUUUAUUGAGAUUCUGAAAGAAGAAGUACAAGACUUGCUGGAUCCCACUUCAUUGAGCAAACCAGAAACUGCAAAUGGCCAUGCAGGGAAAGUUCCCAUUCCUGUAAAAUCACCCAUACAAAUCCGUGAAACAUCAAAUGGUGUGAUUACAUUGGCAGGUUCUACUGAAGUCAGUGUAAGCACGCUAAAGGAAAUGGCUGCAUGCCUGGAACAAGGAUCACUAAGCAGAGCAACUGGGAGUACAAAUAUGAACAACCAGUCAAGUCGUUCUCAUGCCAUCUUCACCAUUACAUUGGAGCAAAUGCGCAAGUUCAAUCCAGCUAUUUCUAGUGAUAGCAAUCUCAGUGAAACUGAGAAUGAAGAAUAUCUAUGUGCCAAGUUGCAUUUAGUGGAUCUUGCUGGAUCAGAGCGAGCUAAAAGAACAGGUUCUGAUGGUCUGCGUUUUAAGGAAGGUGUUCACAUUAACAAGGGCCUUCUUGCACUGGGUAAUGUCAUCAGUGCACUUGGUGAUGAGAAAAAACGCAAAGAAGGCGUUCAUGUUCCUUAUAGGGAUAGUAAACUUACUCGGCUUUUGCAGGAUUCGCUUGGCGGUAACAGCAGAACUGUAAUGAUAGCCUGCGUUAGUCCUGCUGAUAUCAAUGCUGAAGAAACCCUUAACACUUUGAAGUAUGCAAAUCGUGCCCGCAACAUCCAAAAUAAGCCUGUUGUUAAUAGAGAUCCCAUGUCGAAUGAGAUGCUAAAAAUGCGACAACAACUAGAGUAUUUGCAAGCUGAGCUUUGUGCCCGUAUGGGAGGAUCUUCUGAGGAAGUACAGGUUCUAAAGGAAAGGAUUGCUUGUCUUGAAGCUGCCAAUGAAGAUCUUUGUCGGGAACUUCAUGAAUACCGUAGUGGAUGCCCAGUUGCAGAACAAUAUGAAAUGGAUGGUCAAGAUGGUAGUACCUGCCCAGUAAAAAGUGAUGGACUUAAAAGGGGCUUGCGCAGCAUGGAGUCAUCUGAUUAUCAAAUGGGUGAAACAAUGACAGGUGACUCAAGGGAGAUUGAUGAAGAAGUAGCAAAGGAAUGGGAGCACACACUUCUGCAGAAUACUAUGGACAAAGAGUUAAACGAGUUAAAUAAACGUUUAGAACAGAAAGAGUCGGAGAUGAAACUUUUUGGCGAGUCUGACACUGCAACACUCAAACAGCACUUCGGAAAGAAAAUCAUGGAACUUGAGGAUGAGAAAAAAUCAGUGCAGCAAGAGAGGGAUCAUUUGUUGGCUGAAGUUGAAAAUCUUGCUGCUGGUUCUGAUGGACAAACACAGAGGUUGCAAGAUAUUCAUGCCCAUAAACUGAAGGCACUUGAAGCUCAGAUUUCAGAUCUUAAGAAGAAACAGGAGAGUCAGGUUCAGCUUUUAAAGCAAAAGCAAAAAAGUGACGAAGCAGCAAAGCGAUUGCAAGACGAAAUUCAAUUUAUAAAGGCACAAAAGGUUCAGUUGCAACAAAGGAUAAAACAAGAGGCAGAACAAUUUCGGCAGUGGAAGGCCUCACGAGAGAAGGAGCUGCUACAGUUACGGAAGGAGGGGAGGAGAAAUGAGUAUGAAAGGCAUAAGCUUCAAGCUUUAAACCAGCGCCAGAAAAUGGUUCUUCAAAGAAAGACAGAAGAGGCUGCAGUGGCCACCAAGAGGCUAAAAGAAUUACUAGAAGCUCGGAAGUCUUCUUCCCGUGACAGCUCAGUUAUUACCAAUGGAAAUGGGACAAACGGCCAGAGCAAUGAGAAAGCCUUGCAACGUUGGCUUGAUCAUGAGCUGGAAGUCAUGGUGAAUGUGCAGGAAGUUCGUAAUGAAUAUGAGAAGCAAAGUCAAGUGCGAGCUGCACUGGCAGAAGAGUUAGCCGUCCUGAAGCAAGUGGAUGAAUUUGCUUCAAAAGGCCUUAGUGCUCCAAGAGGAAAGAAUGGAAUUGCGAGAGCAUCCUCCAUGUCACCAAAUGCAAGAAUGGCCAGAAUAUCUUCACUAGAGAGCAUGCUCAGUAUUGCCUCCAAUUCACUUGUAGCUAUGGCCUCACAACUUUCAGAGGCAGAAGAGCGGGAGCGUGCCUUCACUAGCCGUGGGCGUUGGAACCAGUUGCGCUCGAUGGGAGAUGCAAAGAAUUUGCUUCAGUAUAUGUUCAAUUCUCUUGCAGAUGCCAGGUGUCAACAAUGGGAGAAGGAUAUGGAAAUCAAGGAAAUGAAAGAGCAACUUAAAGAACUAGUGGGACUAUUGCGACAAAGUGAGACACGAAGAAAGGAUGUUGAAAAGGAACUAAAAUCAAGAGAGCAAGCAGUCGCAAUUGCAUUGGCUACACCUCCUUCAGAUAAUCUUGAACAGGUGAACUCACAGAAUUCAUUGAAACACUUCGCUGAUGAAAUGAGUGGUCCCUUGUCUCCAAUGUCUGUGCCGGCACAAAAACAGCUCAAAUAUACACCAGGCAUUGCUAAUGGCUCGGUCAGAGAAUCAGCAGCAUUUAUAGAUCAGUCAAGAAAGAUGGUACCAAUUGGGCAGUUAUCAAUGAAAAAAUUGGCAGUCAUGGGACAGGCUGGGAAGCUCUGGAGGUGGAAGAGAAGCCAUCACCAAUGGCUUGUACAAUUUAAAUGGAAGUGGCAGAAGCCAUGGAGACUUUCAGAAUGGAUCAGGCACAGUGAUGAAACAAUUAUGAGGGCAAGGCCACGACCACGUCCACAGUCUCUGCCACGUAUGACGUAAUCCUCUAAGGACACCAGCUUAUGGUUGCCAAUAUUCAUCUUUGACCUAUAACUAUGACCCAUUACAUACCACGGGGAGCGAAUAAAAAUAUGUGCAGUGUGCAGUAAGUGGUUGUGGAGGAUAUCUGCUUGUAGCAGUCUUGGAUGAGGUGAUUUUGAAGAAGCUAGUUUGUAAUCUUGAAUUCUUUUAGCGGUGGUUGCUGCAUUCGGAGCAUCUUGUAAAGCAGUGUUCGAUGCUGCUGAUGAUUCUGAGAUAAACAAAAAGGAGACACUGAAAGCUGUGAUGGUGCAAAUGGUGAUGCAUUCAUAAAAGAAUAUGUCUGGAAGUGGAGCCAAUGUUUUGGUAUAUCUUCUCUCCAUUAUCAUAUACUUAGAGGGAAGAAAUUCUUUAGUCUAGUCAUAUAAUUGUGUAUAAAGGGUUUUUUGUACCGUUUCUUUCUCUUCUAAUUGUGAUCUGACUAGCUAAUAUGUAUUAGUGCUUAACUGUUUACUGUGUGUAAUAAGAAACGAUAUGAUAUGGUGAAAUGAAUUGAACAUGUAGUCUUUCUGCUA